AUGUCCAUGGCAUUUAACAGCAUAGAGCCACUGCUGAGCAUGGCAGUGAAGUUUCAGAAGAGUGUUAAACCAGAUAGAGACAAUAUUGUUAUUGAAAAUCAACUCACUCAAAAGGUGUAUCAGUUCUUAACAAUUAUUCUCAGUGAUAGUCUAAGUGUUUGCCAAAGAAUUCUCUGCCUCACCUGGAAAAAGAAUCCAAUAACUCCAUACUGGAUAAAACAUGAGUUGCUUAUUGAUGACAAGCUAAAUGAGAGGACAAAUAGAAGGUCCUGCAGCUGCUGCUCUGGAAACUACUCCUCCCACUCCUUUGGGGCAUACCUGCGCUACCCAGGCUCUUCCUGUGGCUCUUACCCCAGCAACCUGGUCUACCACACUGACCUACGCUCUCCCAGCACCUGCCAGCUGGGCUCCUUCCUCCCCAGUGGCUGUCAGGAGACCUGCUGUGAGCCCACCAGUUGCCAGACAUCCCGUGUGGUGUCCAGCCCCCUCCAGACGUCCUGCUAUCACCAGAGGACCUCCAUGCUCUGCGAUCCUUGCCGGUCAAUUUACCCUGGGUCUCUAGGCUGUGGAUCCAGCAGAAAUUACUGCCUGGACUGUGGAUCACUUGGCUUCAGACCCCUGGGUAAUGGAAUCUGUGGCUUCCCUUUCCUGGGCUAUGGAUCCAGAUUCUGCCGCCUAACUUACUUGGCUUCUAGGAGCUGCCAAACUUCUCGUUGCCAACCAACCUGCAGAUCUGGCUAG